UAUUCUGAGGCUUGUGUGAGAGACUGAGUCUCUCUCUCUCUCUCUCUCUCCUUUUAUUAUUUCAUCUUACACUCGUACUCUUCAUUUUUCUCCUUUAACCCAGAAGGAAAUAAUGGUUGGGUCUACAGAGGCUGUAGAUAAUAAUGUGGGGGCUUUGGAGGUGAUUCCAUUGGAAGAAUCUGUAUCAGCAGAACGGAAGCAUGUGAAUUAUUUGUUGGAAAGGAGAACUUCACUCCGUGCUCGCUAUGCAUAUGGGUUUAUCUUCCUAUUGAUCAAUCUAGUGGCUUGGUUUGUCCGGGAUUAUGGGCACAAGUUUCUCUACAGGCUCUCUUACCUAAAAGCUUGUGGAAGGGAUGGAAAGGAUUGUUUUUAUGUGGAGGGAGUGCUUCGUGUGAGUUUGGGGUGUUUUAUAUUUUUCUUGUUUAUGUUUUUCACGACAUUUAGAUCCAGUAAGCUUUACGAAUCCAGCAAUUCAUGGCAUUCUAGAUGGUGGGCCUCGAAGUUCUUCAUAUUGAUUAUAUUGAUGGUGGUUCCAUUCUUCAUCCCUGUGGACUUCAUUCGACUAUACGGUGAAGUUGCUCGUAUUGGUGCAGGGAUUUUUCUUCUUCUCCAACUCAUUAGUGUGAUUCACUUCAUCACAUGGUGGAAUAACUAUUGGAUGCCAGAAGCAAAAUUGAAGAAAAGCUGCUUGCUUGGGCUACUAAUGUCAACCAUUUUCUAUAUUGCUUCUGUAUGUGGAAUUGUGUGGAUGUAUUUGUUGUAUGCUCGGGACCCAUCAUGCUCUCUCAACAUAUUUUUCAUCACAUGGACUGUAAUCUUACUCCUAGUUAUGAUGCUUGUAUCAUUACACUCCAAGGUCAAUCGAGGUCUUUUAUCUUCAGGGAUUAUGGGUUCAUACGUCGUGUUCCUUUGUUGGUCUGCUAUUAGAAGUGAACCCGUCAUUGAGAAGUGCAGCCCGCAGAAUAAAAUGGCUGGAAAUGGUGAUUGGACUGCUGUAAUUAGCUUCCUUAUAGCUAUUUGUGCGAUUGUUAUGGCGACUUUUUCUACUGGGAUUGAUUCAGAAUCCUUUAAGUUUCGCAAGGAUGAAGUUCAAUCACAAGAUGACAUCCCUUAUAAAUAUGGUUUCUUCCAUAUCGUUUUCUCAAUGGGAGCCAUGUACUUUGCAAUGUUAUUCAUCAGCUGGAACUUAGACCAUUCAACCAGGAGGUGGAGCAUUGAUGUUGGCUGGGCUAGUACAUGGGUUAAAAUUGUCAAUGAGUGGUUUGCGGCUGCCAUAUACUUGUGGACACUGAUCUCGCCAGUUAUUCGGAGGGCCAAAAUAAUGGAUGCUGAAGAACCUGUACAGAAUACACAAGGUUCCACUUGACAAAUUCGGUACAAUGUUUCAAUCCGAGCUCUAGCAGUAGCCACUUCAAUUCACAUAUCCAAUUGCACCUCCCACAUUUUUUAUUUCUUUUGUUGUUGGUGUUGUUGUUGUUGUUGUUGUUGUUGUAUGAGAACAUCAAUGGUUGCCAACGGGCCCCUUAGCGCUUCUUGUAUGAGUUUUCGGAGUUAGAACAAGAUAGUCAUGAUUACAAAUACCAGUAGGCUGUCAUUUUUCCUCUU